CCGAGGUAGUAACCGAUCCACAGCACAACGGAGGCACAGUUCCCUGACGGCCGCCGCGGAUACCUGACGUGACACAAGCGACGACCAGCUCGAGAAGUCUUCUGCCUGGCCACCAUGAGCAAGCAGCUGUUGAGCGGACACGAGGUGGAGGAACUCACCAAGGAGGAGCAGAAGGCGAUUGGCUUCAAUAAUUUCGUACACGGAAUAGUCCGCCUCAAGCCCGAGGGAUGGGUGUACCCCGGCACGGCGCCCACCUUCCUUGACAGGAUAUACAACAUGGAGUUCCGACCUGACGACGUCCUGAUCACGACCUUCCCCAAGUCCGGCACCUCUUGGAUGCAGGAGAUCAUCUGGACGAUGGUGCACAACCCCAAGCUGGACAACCCCAAGGCACAGGAAUCACUGUGGCUGCGCUCGCCGGAAAUUAGCCUGGACAUGAUGUUUGAUCCGAAGACAUUAGGCGGCAAGGCGCCGGAAUCCUACCAAAAAAAGUUUAGGGAACAGUGUCCGGGCAAGAACGAGAAGGAAGGUGUAACCCUCCACCUGGCAGACGCAGAGCCCAGUCCCCGCAUCCUGAAGAGCCACUACCCGUUCACCCUCAUGCCCAAGGACGUCCUCGACAGAGUAAAGGUUGUGUACGUGACCCGGAACCCCAAGGACAUGGCUAUCUCGCUGUUCAACAACUUCAAAAUGUUUAAAGUGUUCGAGUUCGAGAGCGAAAAGGAGGAGUAUUUCAAAGACAUCAUGAACAACAAAACUCUUUAUUGCCCCUACUGGCCCCACGUGAAGGAGGCGUGGGGGAAGAGGCACCACCCUAACCUGCUCUUCCUCUUCUACGAGGAUAUGAAGGCCGACAUCAUGAAAGAGCUGGGAAGGAUCAACGAGUUCCUGGGAACAGGGCUGAGCCAGGAGUCCCUCGAGAAUGUGGCGCGACACACCUCCUUCUCGGCCAUGAAGUCCCGAGGAGAGCCAAUCACAGACCAAGUGUUCGACAAGAAAGAUGACAACGAAGUCAGAUUCUUCCGAAAGGGCACGACGGGUGACUGGAAGAACCACUUCUCGCCGGAGAUGCAGAAGGAGUUUGACCAAUGGAUUAAGGAAAACCUGGCCGGCAGCGACCUGAGCCUGAGCUGGGCCCUGGCGGAGUGAGCCUCGCCUUGGCGCGGUGCCAGCCACUCUUUCUCUCACUCGUGUGAAGCAGUAUGUGGGUGCACUCUUUUAGUUUUCAGAUUUGUAGUGCAGAAUUCAGCAUUCCAAAAAAACUGCUUUUUUUUUUUUUUACUAUUAAUGUUAAUUCCAGCAAUGUUCCACAAAAUUUAUAUGUCGACAGCAAUAUUUUUAGUGUCUUGAAACUUGUUUACUACUGAGUAACGGUUAAACCAGUGCUCUGUUUACGUCAUUGUGGUGUUCAGCUGAAGGUUUGAGCCAACCAGAUGCUUGUUAUGCAGGGUUGGUGAUUUUUUUGAUUAUUUAAAAAAAAGAAUAAAAUGAAAAAAUCGGA